CUGGAUGUGACUGGUGUUGAUCCUGAUAUCUGGUACUCUGUCCUCAUCUACAAUGUGACAGAUGAGAACAACCCAAUAGCCAUCCUCUGUACUGACUGUAUCAAUAUCACUGAGACACACUACACCUUCACUCCUCACUACCUCAGUCCUUGUCAUGUGUACCAACUUCUCUGUCAUCCCUCUGAAUGGAGCUGGCCAGGGAACAUCAUCUACUCAAAGGAGCUUUUUACACAACCAUGAAGUAUCAAGUGGGUUUUGUCAUCAGAUAAUGGGGCGAAUAUUACUGUAUUCAAGAUAUUGUCUGAUAAAUAUAGAGUUGCCAUCAAAGCACCACUUUUUUCCACCAGCUUUGCGGUGUUGUGCUUUCAAGAACACCUUAAACUCUACUACAAUAGUGGUACUGAGGGACAAUGUCCAUCAGUAGUAUCAGUGGUUUCCCC